CAUAGAUAUAUACAUAGAUUCAUGUUCCAACCACACAAAUCACCGCUCACCAUUUUCCAUCCAUAACUCCGUCAUAACACUUUUAUAGGUAUAUCAACAGUCCUAAACAACACGACGGAAGUUUAAUACCCUGUAAUAAAUAAACUGUAAAGUGCACCGGUUCUCCCAAACUGAACCAUCCAAAUGGGACCCCACCCAGUGAAGAAAUUUGAAUGUUCCAAAUGCUCCAAAACGUUCAAAGACAAUUACCGUCUGAAACAUCACGAAAUCACGCAUGAUCCUGACGCAAAGGUGAAAUGUGAGAUUUGUGGGAAAGUUUCCAAAAAUCCAGCCACCUUAACUUCUCACAUGAGGAGAAUUCACAGUAACCUGGAGCGACCUAAAUGUGACACUUGUCACCGAGUCUUUUGCCACGCUGCCAGUUUGCGAGGCCACAUUGCAGCCGUUCAUAGCAAGAUGGAUAGACCUCGUUUCCCUUGUGGUUUUCCCGGAUGCGAUAAAACUUACCAGACCAAGGGUGGUCUACGAACACACGUGGUAGCUGACCACGUCGAAAAUCCAGUCCGAUUUCCUUGCACACUUUGCGGAAAGGACUUCAAAACCAGGACUGAGCUUGAGGGUCACACUUCCACCCACACGACGGAGAAGCCGUACAAUUGUGCCACGUGUGGGAGGAGUUUCGCCCACGUGGGAGCCAUGAAACGCCACGAGAUGACGCAUUUGGAAGCAUCUACACGGGCCAUGUCAAAGUGUCGCCUCUGUAUGCAGACUUUCUUGGAAAGAUUUAGUCUACAACGCCACAUCCGAGUUGUGCAUGAAAAUCGAAGGAAUUUUCCGUGCAGAUUUUGUGACAAGAGAUUCGAUAGCGCGUCAAAUUUGAAGCGUCACGUGGAGGCGCGACACCCCACGAGUAAAGAACUGGUCCAUUCCUGCGAUAAAUGUGAGUACAAGAGCCACUCGAAAAUCAACUUGGCCAGUCAUGCAAGACGACAUCUAGCAGCCAAUCGCGAAUGCUACUUCUGUGGGAAGAAGUUCCUCACUUUUCCCGAAUUAGUCAGUCAUUCUCGAGUUCAUACUUUAGAAAAGUUAAAAUACGUAUAAAUGUAAUUGGUGUAUCAGUUAUUAGCCGCGCGAUAUAGCUUGUCCACGUCUCAUAGACAAAUUAAAGGUGUGCUUUCUGUGUUGUAGACUCUAUACUGAUUGUGUUGGCGACACACCGUUACUUGGUGUAUGAGACGGGGACAAGUUACAGCGCGAGGCUAAUAUUUGCGAAUUUUCGAGUAAAUUUGGGACAUUUGGCUGGGUGAUUUGGUAGAACACAAUGAAAUUUUGGUUACAUAUUUACACCUGUACCUAGUAAGUGGACUUGUUCUUAUUUAGAUAGAAUAUUUUUUUCUGUGCGAAAUAGCCCUAAAAUUAUUGGUCCCCAGGUUGCCCAUUACUCUCACUAUAUUUUCCCAUUUUCGACUACACAUGUUAGUAUAUUCAAAACAAAUACGCCUCACAUUAUUAACGUGUCAAAAUAUGCAAAUGAGAAAGUUGGAAUAAUUCUAUAGCAGAGCACCAAUUUGUCCCCCAACGCAUCUCUUACAUUUUUCAGUGAACAAAAUAUUGUAAAAUAAUACAGGCAAAUAUAUCUGUAUUCUUAUUUUUGGUCUAAAAUAUGUAUACAUAUGUCAAACAAAAUA